AUGGCGGACAGAGCCGCACUUAUCAAUCACGCGGCGGACGAUAGACGGAGAUAUGGAAUGGGCAGCGGAGAUUUGAGAGAAGUCGUGCGAGAGAGCUGGGAUUGUGAAGCUAGGGUUCGGGGGAAUAACUUGGGGAUAGGGGCAGUUUGGGAAUUAUCAUCUGGGGUGUUGUCCUCUUGGAGAUGUAGUUCUGAAGCUGAAGAGGAAGAGUACGGUUUGAGAAUAUGUGGAGAGAUAGGAGAGAGAAGGUGCCGGAAAUGCAGCUUUGAUUUGGUUAAGGCCAUAUAG